AUUAGCAAAACAUUAGCUAAGGAAUCAACAUGGCAGCCGUCAGCAGGCGAGUUUUGUUCUCACUCCAGACCCUGCGGCCGCUGGUGAGGGAUGUGCAGCCCCGUAAUGUGCACAGUGCUGCGCCUCUCUCCUCUGCCAUGCCUCCAGAUGUGGGAGUUCCCGUGAGCAGACCAGAGGGCCGCACCACUGCCACUCUGAUACCUGGAGAUGGUGUGGGGCCGGAGCUAUGCCAGGUGGUGUUAGAUGUGUUCAAGAGUGCUGGGGUGCCUCUGGAUUUCAAGGAGUACCACCUGACUGAACUGUAUGCACCAAGGUCCGACUCACUGGAGGAUGUGGUGGAGAGUAUCAAGGAGAACGGUCUUUGCCUGAAGGGUAUUCUUGCCACCCCUGACCACAGCUCUGAUGGUGAUCUGAAAACCUUGAAUAUGAAGCUAAGAGAUGAGCUUGACCUGUAUGCUAAUGUUGUCCACAUCAAGUCUCUGCCCGGCCUUAAUGUGCGGCACAAGAAUGUGGACAUGGUGGUGAUAAGAGAACAGACGGAAGGUGAGUACUCCGCCCUGGAACAUGAGAGUGUGGCAGGUGUUGUGGAGUGCCUCAAGAUCAUGACUCGGGACAAGUGCCGCCGUAUUGCCAAGUUUGCCUUUGAUUAUGCGGUCAAGAAUGGGCGUAAGAAGGUGACGGCUGUGCACAAGGCUAACAUCAUGAAGCUUGGUGAUGGCCUCUUUCUGAAGCAGUGUCAGGAGGUUGCAGAGAUGUAUCCUAACAUUGAGUUCAACAACAUGAUCAUUGACAACUGUACCAUGCAGAUGGUUUCCAAUCCUCACCAGUUUGAUGUGCUAGUGCUGCCUAACCUUUAUGGCAACAUUGUAGACAACUUAGCAGCAGGUCUGGUAGGAGGGGCAGGCGUGGUAGCUGGUGCUUCCUACUCCAGCAAAUGUGUUGUCUUUGAGCCAGGUGCACGCCACACCUUCAGUGAAGCUGUUGGCAAGAACGUUGCAAACCCCACUGCUAUGCUGCUUGCAUCUGCCAACAUGCUGAACCAUGUCAAUCUUCAGUACUAUGGGGACAUGAUCCAGAAUGCAGUGGACAGGGUCAUUCGAGUGGGCAAGGUGAGGACGAAGGACAUGGGGGGAUUUGCCACAACCACAGCCUUCGCAAACGCUGUCAUCGCCAGUCUCACCCCAUGAGAAGUGCAUGUCUAUUGAAGGACUGAUUCUGCUAGUCACUCGUAGAUAACACUGUAAAUAGCCAAAACAUAGUAGCAUUUCGUGUAGAAUAUAACACCAAGUUAUUACAGUAGAAAGUGUGAGGAGAUAUCACAAAAAUAGGUUUUGAUGUUAACAGACUCAAACUUUUACUUCACAAACACCACUGGUAAAUUUAUAGUCUAAUGGAAUAAUUACUGCACAAGAUCUAUGUGUAGAGGAGCUGAUAGGAAGAUUCUUGAAAGUAGUUGACAGAUGAUUGAAGCUGUACCUGCUAUAUGCUUUCCUGCAAUCUGAGGUGCAUGUUCUUUUUUUUGCUUUGCUUUGUAGCUGUUGUUUGUUUCCCUGCUCUGAUUUCCUUCCAUUCUCCUUAUUGAGAGCAAAUCAAUUUGUUAAGUUUGAAAUAUUUUGUGUGUUUGCAGGUUAACUUAGGUAAAUCUUUGUAAAAUUUCCUGAUUGAAAAAAUAGUCAUAAAUGAAUUUUUAAAUUUGAUGUAAAUUUAAUUAUUAAGUUUUAGAUAAUUGAAAAAUAUGCUAAUUAGUUUGUGUAGAUUAAUGUAAAAUGAAGUUUAAAGAUUUUAAAAAGUCAGUUACUAUGAACAUAUUUUGUAAGUUUUUGGAUUAUUUAAAAAAACAAGUCAAAAUCACUCCUGUUGUGAGUUUGUUUGUUUUAUUUUACCAUUUUCUUACAAAUAUUUUUCCCACAUAGGUACGCACCAAGGAUAUUGGAGGUCAUUCAACAACUUUUGAUUUUGCUCGUGCUGUCAUUGGCAAUUUGAGACACUGAGUUUGAGGAAAGUAUGUAACACGACUCUGAAUAACUAGGAAAGGAGAUUAGUUGAAGUAUUAUUAUUAUUAAAAGCCCAGUAAGUAGUGUCUCAUAUUUGUAACUAUGAUAUCAUUGUCUACCUAAUCUCAAGGAGCAACACUGUUUACCUUGUUCAUCUGAAGUUAGUGAUUGGAAUAAAGUUAGGUUUUGUAUUGUAAAGGUGUGGCCACAUAUUGGUAACAAGUUUCUGACUUUGCCCCAGCUCUGGUCACACACAUUCUGUGCAUCAGUUUCUGGAUUACAUGGGAAAUUUUGUCAGGAUUCUGUUGUGGAUGAGAGUUUGAGCUUCUCUAACUUUUUUUCCAGCAUGUUCCAUAACAAUCCAAAACAUUGCUUGUCUUUGAUUUCAUUAUGCAGUGAGCAGUGUUUCAGGCAAAGUUCUUGGGCAAGUGUGGCCACACCAUAAUAUAAGACUGAGUGUUGAAAUGAGACAUAUUUAUUAAACAGAAAUUUGUAGUUUAUUAAAUUCACAGUUAAAGGUAAUAAAUAUCUAUAUACCAUACGAAAAUUCACCUCAAGGAGGUAUAACCAAGACAAGUAAUCAUGCCUCGUCUUUUAGUAGGAAUAGUUGCCUUGUAAGAUAUGCAGGGAAUACAAACAGUAAUACUUAAUUAUUCUCUUGUCUUUCUUUCUUACUAAGUGUUCUGCAGACAGAUUCACAUCAAUCCCUUAUGGAAUGGCUGUGGAUGUAGUAGUGAAAGUGUGUGCAUGUGCAGGCUUUUACUACUCUAUUCAGAGACGUAUCAGCCAGGUAUAUAAUUGUGGGAGGGAGAGUGAGAGAGAGAAUGUGUUUAUGUAUGCAGGAGAGUUGUAUCAAGUUCUGGGCAGUAUGGUGUAGGUCCUCUCUUCCCUAGAGGCUCAGUGGCUAAAAUGUGAGGGACUGCUUGUAAAUGUAUAUAUGUAGGCCCUCUGACUUGGUCUCCUCCUAUAAGGAGGAUAGUCAUCUGGUAUAUAGAUAUACACAAACCUUUACAAGAAAAAUAUGAAGUUAAUCAUUGAUUAUGUGUAUCUCAGUUGAUCUUGAAAAUAGUUUUUGCAUUACAAAGCCAACUGUGUUCCAUUUAAAAGCUCUCAGUGAGUAAUGGUUUUACACUGUACUCAAUCUUUUUUUAUGAUCUUUCUGUGCAAUAGUUUUGAUUCAUACUUAACAUGUUCUAUUGUGAAUUUGUCCAUGUGUGUUCUGAUUAUGAAAGUUAGUGAAAAUAUGCACUUGUUAAUAACUGUUUUUGUUAUUUCAAUGAAAAUGGAAAACAAGAAUAAUCACCUGAUUUGGUAAUAUGUCAUGUUGAUUUAUGUUCUCUUACUACUAAGUUUGUGGUUCAAACGUGUGACAUCAAAAGACUUGAGAUAAUGUUAGACAUUUCUGCAAACUGCAAUGUAAACUUAAGUUUUUAUUUGCAUGAUUUCCUCACAUCAGUCAGUUAUAUCAUCUCUCCAUGUUAACACAUUAUCAUAUACUUGUGUGAUUCACUCCUGUGGCCAAAACUGUUUUAAAAUAUUGUUGUUGCCUCCAGACUUAAUGUAUCAAUGAAGAGAAACAUUGAUCAACCUGAAGGAUUUCAAUUAUCAUAAAACUGGGUGGAACUUGUGGUCUGAAAUAUAUUAAGUAGACCACAUGGAAAUGAAAGUCAUACAGUUAAAAAUAUUCCUUGUAAAAGAAACUGAGGUACAAGUCAGAAGAAAACCAACUUCAGAUGAUACAAAUGUGUUGGUGUUCUGUUUGCAUUUAUCUCUUUUAUAGUUGUGAAUGGUUGAUUUUUACAAAGUUACUUUACACUAUAUCAUGAGGUGGAUCAGGACUUCAGUGAGUGUAAUCAAAUAAUUCUUUGAAAAAGUUUAAUGUUGACCUGCUUAACUUUAUACACUAUUUGGUGUAUAGUCUGUGAUUGUUACACUACUUAAGAGUCCAAGGAUCUGUAAUUACUACCAGGAAUGUGAUAUGUCACUUCAAUCUUUCAUUACUAUUGCAUGUGUUUUCAGUGCACUGGUGUCAUAUCAAAAGUUUUCUUGCUCUUGCAUUCUGUUCUUUCAUGUAAUUCUUUAAUUCACUUCAUACAACUUAAUCUCACUUACUUUAUUUUAUCCUCCCAUGACACUGUUGGUCAUCCUCUUGUACACACUACAUGUAUAAUACUUGAACAUACUCUUUUAGUCAUCCCACUUUCUAGCAUUCUUACUUUGACCAAACCACCUCGACCCCCCUCAGCCACUACACAUUUCAUUCCUUCACUCUUCUUACGUUACUACGUACACAGUUGUUAUAUACAGCCGCUGUCCCACUACUACCUCAAGAUCAUCAAUACAUUACUUAGGAGGUGGCGGCUGUGGUGCCAAGAUGUAUCAGAGGGAUGGUUGUGACAGAGACAAAAGAUUAAGAUAUAUGUAUACUUCCUGUAUCAAGUAGUCAGUGAAACUCUAUUGCUGCUGAUACUGCUGUCUUCUUAAUUUCAUUUGUGUACUGUGAACUAUUUAUGUAUGUUAUACUGUGAUGUAUUAUCUAUUAUCUCUUCAUGCAUUCCCUAUUACUAUUUUACAGCAUUGUGGUAAAUAUUUGUACUCCCACACAUCAUACAAUGCAUUUUCUUCCCCACAGACUGUAGUGGGUUCAGAGAUACCUUGCUAUAACAGUUGCUCAUCAUGGCUCCACCUAAUGAAACAAAGCAUAAAUAAUGUCUUGCAACACCCACUAGAUUUAUAUUUUAAUGAGAAAAGAACAUAUUUUGAGAAAAUGCUUGCCCCUUUCCCUAAGUGAUAACAUUGCAUAUAGUACAGAGUGGAUUGUCUGGAAGCAUUAGCUGAGAAUAAGACAGACAAGUUAAAAGAGCACAAGAUGAAGUUAUCAGUCACUCCUCAAGUAAGAGUAAAAACUUCUGCCAAAGUAAACCAGGAAAGUUAUGUAAUAUUUGAUCAACUGGAGAAAUAUUAUUUUAUAUUGAAUUUUUUGUUAUUGUUGUUUUGCAGAAAGAUAUAUGCAUGUAUAAAAAUAUCAAUCUGACAUGUAGUGAAAUGGGUAUUUUCACCAUUAGAGUAUAUACUUGACAUACAUUAUUUGUAAAUAACAUGUAAAUACACAAAAUAAAAUAUUGAUUCUA